UAAAAAAGUGGGCGAAGCAAAUUACUGUUUUGCUUUUUGUUUGUCCGAGAAAGUUAUUCCUAAAAAUAAUUUAAUUGUUAAAACAAACAUUCCUUCUUAGCAAAGUUAUGUCAUUUAAUCCUAGUUUAAAUUGUGAAAAUGCAUUUUUCUAUUCCUGAUUUGCAACAGUUUCGUGACGAUAAUGGGAUCACUUACACGGGCUUCAACAUCUACAUUGAUGGAUUUUUUCACUGUACGGCUCGGUAUAAGCAACUGCUUAGUCUUCACGAGCAAUUGCAGGCUCAAUAUCCGCAUUUCAAGUUACCACAGUUCCCCCCCAAGAAAUUAUUUUUAACUAGUUCUCAGUUAGACGAGAGGAGGAUUCUGCUAGAAAAAUAUGUUCAGUCAGUUGGACAGAAUACAGUGUUUGCAAACUCAGGCAUCCUAAUAACAUUCCUUUUUUCGGCUCAACAAGAAACACAUUCAGUGAGAGUUCAUGUAGUGGACAUAGAAAUAUCUCUAAUGAAUGGGUACAGAAUACCACUGUCUGUGUCAUCCACUGACUCAUCCAGUACUGUUCUAGAUAUUGCUUGUAAUUAUGUGAACUUGUCAAAAGACUUUACAAAAUAUUUCUCCUUAUACCUUUUCAACUGGAGCUGUGCUAAGGAUGGCCAGCCUUGUAUGAAAAAACUGGAAGAUUAUGAAUCUCCAUAUAUUUCUCAAAAAUAUGUUAGACCAGAAGACAAAAUUGUUUUGAGAAAAAGCUACUGGGAUCCAUGCUAUGAUAUUGAUCUGAUGAUAGAUAGAGUUUCACUAGACUUAUUAUACCUCCAGCUCAUUGAGGAGUUAGAUUUGAAUUGGAUGACGGCUGAUGCAGAAACUAAACAAAUCCUGUCUUCAUAUGAAGCUAAGAAACAAAAAAAAGAGUAUAUCGAACUCGCUCGAACUCUUCGCCACUACAGCAGCAUACCAGCCGGUGACGCAUUGACAGACGCAGUGAACGUGGGCGAGCCUAAUGCCGCCACUAUACGCGUCCGAGUCUCCCUCGCCUCCAAAGAGUUGACUCUAGCGAGUGUGACCCACCCCACUCACGAGCAACGGUAUAAAGUCACACGGAUGAGGUGCUGGCGUAUAACUACUUUACACAAUGUGGAGCGGUCACAAACAAACGGAGACGACUCUGUCUUAGAUGAGCCCAGUAAAAACUUCGAGUUGUCAUUUGAAUAUCUACUAAGCAAAGACAAUUUGGUAUGGGUGACGCUGCGGACUGAACACGCUAUUUUUAUUAGCGUCUGUUUACAGUCAAUAGUGGAUGAGUUGAUGCGUCAGAAGAACGGAGAAGGGCCGACGUCGCCGCUAUGCAAGCGCGCUAGUCUCACCUACUUGCGUCGCGACGGCUCCACGCACCUCAUCACCCCGUCAUCCUCUACCGAUACACUCAGCUCUGUGAAUGGUGACUCCUCAGGCAGUUCCAGAGAAAUAUUCUCGGUUCAGAAGCUCACUGAAAAAUUCGCAUCCGUUGCAUUCAAAACAGGGAGAGAUUGUGUGGAAAACAAUGCUUUUGAAGCUAUUGGUGAUGAAGAACUGUAAAAUACUUUUGAACUCACACUUGUAUACUUGUGUUAUGGAUCCAGGGGCCUAGCACCAAACAUUGUCUGUUACAAUGUGCAGAGUAGAAUCAUAUUAGAUUUGCUGGUACUUUUAAUAUUGGCAAAAGGACACUAACUUUGAUUGCACUGUUCUUAAUGUGAUAAUAACAUAUUUGUUGCUAUGAAAACUGGUAUGACAAACAACAUAUUAAUUAAGCCAAUUAAAUGUAAUGGACAGAUUGUGAUGGAUUGUCAUGUACAAUUAUUGUGUUUAUCAAAAUGAAGACUUUGAAUGUCUCGUACAUAUUAUUAUCGUCCAGAAAUCUUGACGUGGUAUUGUAAUAGGCUAAUAUCAUAGAUAUAAAAUAUUAUUAUAUUGUACAUUUAACAUGUAAAUAGUAUUAUUAAUACUAUUUAUCCGCUAGAUAGGGUGUGCCAUAAAAAUAAGUUUUGUGCUGAUUUGAAGCAGCCCAUCAAGCACACCUGGAAUUAAAAUUGACUGAUGUCUCUUCAAUAAAAUUUAGUUCCGAGUACGCUCACAUGAUGCUCAAUGAGCUGUUAUUAGCGUCAAAAUGACGAUAGUCAAAUUGUUUUAAAAAAACGUCAUCAAUCGCAUAUCUAGCGUCUUAAGUAUUAUUAUAAUAAUAUGUAUAUCUAUGGCUAACAUGGUACUGAUUGGUUGUAUGAUACGUUCACUGUCUUUCUGUUUUUGUAAGUAUUGGAUUAAACAUUAAUUCCUAGUAUAAUUAAUACAUAAUUCCAUUUUUUUUUUUUCAAAAAAAUUAGAUCACUGGGAAAUUUUGUUGCCAAUAUAAUUAGGUUAUACUUAAAUUACUUUAGCUUGCUCUCAUUUUAUCUCAAAUAUUAUGUACAUACCUACUGUGGAAUUUUUUUACACUUUUUCAAUUAAGUAUAUGUGUACUUUACUUAAAAACUAUGGCUAUGAUUGUUCUUAUUUUUAACCUACUUCGAAAAAAGGAGGAGGUUCUCAAUUCGUCAGAAUCUUUUUUUUUUAAGAAUUUCUUUUUUUGGCCAUAAACUUGCCAUAAAAUCUUAUUAAAAUCAUAGAAAUUAAAAUUGUAUAAUAUUAUAGAAACACAGAAAUUAUUAAAUUGUACAUUGAAACUUAUUAUCUGUAAGGAAUACCAGUAUGUAAAUAUUAUUAUGUAUUACAUGAAAGACUUGUUUACUUAAGGCCAAAAUAGAAUAAGUGUAUCAAUUUUUUUGUAAUAGAGAUGUCAUAAAAAAUAGUAUGUUUACAAUAGAAUUACUUGCUUAAACUUUCUCUGUAAAAAAAAAAAUAACAAAUCAUUAUUAUGGUCUCAAGUCUCUCUUCGCUAUGUGGUAAUGAUUUGUAGUUUUUUUAUAUAGGUAUAUAUUGUAUUACUAUUUACUGUCUAUGAGUAGAAUUUAGCCAGCAGUAGAUAUUAUUUUGUGAUCGAUAUGAUUUUCAAUACAACAGAUGCCUGUAAUGUUUUAGUUUUUAGAAAACCAAUUGGUUUUUUAAAUACAAAAACAUUAAAUACAGGCAUCUGUUCUACUCGAAGAAUGGUUUUCCUUGAUUUGGCCAAAAAUCAUAUGAUCUUCAACUAAAUCAUAAGUUUAUAUCUGUCUACAUAAAUAUAGUAAGUUUAUAUCUGGAUAUAUAGGAAGUACACCUUCUCUUAUAUUUUAAAACUUGCAAUCAAAUUAUUCUCAUUUUUUGUAUUGUUACCAUUUCAAGUUAUGCUUUUUAUGAAAAUACUAAAUUGUUUUUCUAAUAAUGAUCAAUUUUGUACAAUGGAAAUGUAGACAUUAGGCAGGUACAAUAUUAUGAUCUUAUUUAUUAUUAUUUAUGAAGAAUCAUUACUUCAUGAUUUGGGACCAUUUUUUGUAUAUUGACUAUUUAUCUGCCACUUUGGCCAUAAACUGUAUGCCAUAAUUUUAUUUAUAUUUUAACAGAAAUUCUUUUAAUAAAAUGUUUUACAACUGAA